UAAAUUCCGGUUGCGCGCUUGACUUCCUGUAGGCCAGCUGAAGCUCGGAGGUCACAGGCGCAUAUUGGGAAGACACACGCGCUUUUAACGGCAUGAGAAGAGUUCCAGACGAGGGCAAGGUGCUCCCUCCCCCGGGAAUCGUCAACGUCGUCUCGGUCUGGCUGGGGGGUUGCGGCUAUUUCUCCGCCUUGCUGGACAAUGCUUUGAAACGCAAGCCAGCGCUAAAGUCAGGGGUCCAUCGGCAGGUGUUGUUGGUGACAAUUGGCUGGUUCUUGGGCUACCACAUGAAAAAAUAUGAAAACUACGUCUAUGCCAAACGGGACCGAGACAUGAAUGCGUACAUCAAACUCUACCCCAAUGAUUUCAUCCCCAAGGAAAAAAAGACCUUUGCUGAGAUCGUGGAGCCUUUCACUCCCGUACGCUGACAUCAAUAUUGUUCUUCUAAAUAAACACAUGACACUGCAA